AGUACCGGGAGCGAACAUGGCUUUGAAAGGACAGGUCGAGAGUUUAACCGAGGAGGCAAUUUGUCCCAUCUGCCUGGAUUUCUUCACUGAACCUGUCAUUCUGGAGUGUGGACACAACUUCUGCCGCUCCUGCAUCACACAGUGUUGGGAAAGGGGGGAGAGAAACUCCUGUCCGGAAUGUAGAGAGGAGAUUGCGGACCGCACCCUCAGGGUCAAUCGAGCCUUGGCAAAUCUGUCUGAGAAAGCUCGAAAACUAAACCUGAAUCCGAAAGAGAAGGAAAGUAAACGUUACUGCGAGGAACAUGAGGAAGAGCUGAAGCUGUUUUGUGAGACGGACAAGACACUGAUCUGCGUGAUCUGUGCGACUGCGCGGGAACACAAGUCCCACAACUUCAUGCCGGUUAAAGAAGCCGUUCAAGUCUACAAGGAUCGGGUUAAAUCUUCCUUCGACUCUCUCACAAAAAACAAAGCAGACUUCGAAGAAAUGGAAAAGCAACAGAAGGAGAAGAUUUCCGGAGUUCGGGAACAGUCACACAUCCUUCAGUCCCACGUCACAUCACAGUUUGCUGAACUGCACCAGAUUCUCACUGAGAAAGAGCAGCAGGUACUCAGAGAUCUCAGGGAAGAAGAGGAGAGGAUUCUAAAUCCAAUGGAGAAAAAUCUUCAAGAGAUACAAAAGAAUUUAAAUUCUAUCCAGGAGGAGAUCUCAAGGUUACAGGAACAGAUGGAUCAAAAAGAGAGUGUGAUAUUUCUCAAGGAGGAAACUCGUCGGAAGAGGAGAAUUACUGACAACAUCGAGCAAUUGUCAGUAACAGACGGUGCCCUUCCAGUUGAAAAAUUCGAUCAUCUCUAUUUAUUGAACAGUGCGUUGAGAGAAACACUUGAUGACAUUAAUCGAGUCUCUGUCACCCUGGAUGUGGAAACGGCGCAUCCGUGUCUCGAGGUGUCUGAGGAUCGGAAGAGUGUGAGACGGACCGGGACCCGGAGGAAUCUCCCUCACACCGGGAAGAGGUUCACAGUCUGGGCUUGUGUACUGGGAUCGGAGGGAUUCACAUCGGGGAGACAUUACUGGGAGGUGGAGGUGACGGGGAAUCGGGUCUGGGAUCUGGGAGUCGCCGCAGAGUCUGUGGAGAGGAAGGGAGCGGUCAAAGUGAGUCCGGAGACCGGAUGCUGGUUCAUCGCGCGGCGUGAUGACGUGUUCGCGGUUCUCACCUCCCCUGUGUCCCGUCUCCCUGCCGGUCCCAUCCCCGGGAGGGUGGGAGUUUAUCUCAGUUACGAGUCCGGGACAGUUUCAUUUUACAACGCGGAGACCAAGUCCCAUCUCCACACCUUCACUGGGAAUAAAUUCACGGAGAAACUUUAUCCUGCAUUCGCGAUUGGAUAUGAAAACGAGUGGCUGAGAAUCUGCUCCAGUUCCGCUCCGGGUCUGUAAACGGGUCGGGUCCGGGAUCGGCGUCCGGAGUAAAUCAGUGGAAAUAUAAAUGUGCAGAGAGUGAAAUAAACACGAUGUGAGAAUUAUCGAUCCAUUAAUUUUAACUGGUUCACCACAUCCGUCAACGGAAC